AUGGCUCACCUGACUGCCAGGUUCUUGGUGGAGGUGGUGAAGACAGACUCGAUUGACACGCUGUGCGCACAGCUGCAAGAUGAGGGAACAAGCUGCAUGCACAAGUACUACAGGGUCUUCACCGGCUUUGCUGCCAAGCUUUCAGCUGGCCAGCAGCAGACCUUAGGGCAGAAUCCGAGCGUCAAAGCACUGCACCCAGACGUACCAGUCUCCACCCAGCAGAUCCCAACACUUCAGAAGCAGAAGAAUGCGCCAUGGCACCUGGACCGCAUUGACCAGCAGAACCUGCCUCUGGAUGGACUCUAUGACUACACUCUGGACGGCUCCGGCAUCAAUGUGUAUGUUCUCGACACGGGAAUCCGCAAGGACCACGUGGAAUUCCAGUACAACGCCGCAAACAAAGCGCUGGGGCUCACAGGCAGCCGGGCUGUGCAUGGACACUCGGUGUACAGCGAUGACAACUCGGAUGACUGCUUUGGGCAUGGCACCCACGUGGCCGGCAUUGUGGGCGGCCUGACGUUCGGCGUGGCCAAGAAUGCCACCCUCCACGCAGUGCGGUGCAUAUCGUGCGACGGGUCGGGGCAGGCGUCGGCGGUGGUGGCGGCGCUAGAUUGGCUGGCCGCCAACGUGCGCCUGCCCGCCGUCGCCAGCAUGUCCCUCGGCGCUGGGCAGCCCGACAGCGUCCUCGACGCUGCCACGUCCACGAUCCUCUCAAUGGGAGUCACCGUCGUCACCGCCGCCGGCAACUACAACAACGAUGCGUGCGGCAUAAGCCCGGCAAAGGUGCCAGGGGCGAUAACGGUGGCGGCCACAGAUUCCGCGGAUGCGCGGUGGGACUACAGCAACUACGGGUCCUGUGUGGAUGUCUAUGCGCCAGGAGUGCAGGUUCGCAGCGCCAUGUUCUACACUAAAACUGCCAACAUCACCGCGUCGGGCACAUCCAUGGCCUGCCCGGUCGUCUCUGGCAUCUCCGCCCUCUACCUGCAGGCCAACCCCGCCGCCGUCCCCGCUGAGGCGCGACCCCACCCCAUCACAGUGCAGGCAUUCAUCCGGGGCAAUGCAGUGGCGAGCGUGGUGCAGGAUGCGCUGGAGGGCACUGGGACGCCCAACCUGCUGGUGCAGACCGACCUGACGCAGGUGCCCACGAUCACAAUCGCGCCCGACCCGCUGCCGCCGGCCGUGCUGUACGAGGGCUCCUUCGCGGCCACCUUAAACCAAACGCUCACCCUCGGCAACGCCGCCAACACCACCGUCAACUACACCGUGACUGUGACGCCCCUGGGAGUGAUUGGAGGCUGGCUGUCGGCUGUGCCUGCAGCGGGGUACGUCCUGCCCAACAGCAGCAGUGGCAUCCUACUCGCGUACGAUGUCAGCCAGAAUGAGUUCCAGGGCAAGUACCAGGCCGAGGUCCUCCUCACCACCACUGCCCGCCCGGUCGCCAAGGUGCUGACAGCGACGGCGUAUGUGUUCUGCGCGGACCUGCAGAGCGUGCCGGCGGGCGGCGCGCACUCGGUCAGCUUCAUAAACUUUGCACUGGUGCAGGACACACGGCCGGCCACCUCCGACUGGCCAUCCAUCGCCCCGGAAGGUCCCCACGUCUACGCCCGCAUCGCCAUCAGGCGCGCUCCCUUUAUCCCACCUGCCUCUGUGCUUGCAGGAGCACUGCGGCGCAAGAAGGACUGA